UUAACAAGCUACGGUUGCCGUCUGGCGCAGGAGGUAACGGGUGGGAAGAAGCGGCGUUGGGAAGUACUGGGACCGCCAACGCCAUCAUGAGCUAUUCAGGUUAUGGAAAUUGGAAUUCUGGAACAAAUAGAGGUUAUGAAGACUAUAAUUAUGGAUAUGGAUACGGUCAGGAUAACUCUGGCAAUUAUGGGUAUGGUAUGGCCACUUCAAACUCUUGGGAAAUGCCUAAUUCAAAUGCAGACAUGAACUUUAACGCAUCCACUGGCACCAGCGCUGAUGAUGUAAUUUCAAAUUUUAACCAGCGCUUAGAUAUGGUAUCUCAUCUAGAAACUGAAACGAUGCAAGGAGGACAUUAUGGCUCAGGUGGAGACAGGUAUGAUACAUAUGAGUCCUAUGACUCAAGGUCUGCACUGAGUGACCGUGAUCUGUACAGAUCCGGCUACGAUUACAGUGAGGCCAAACAUGAAAGCGACAAUGCCUAUGAAGGUCACUAUGACAGCUCCUAUGGGAACCGCAGGGACCAGUACCACAACAGAGCACGUGACAACUUUGGCCACCGAGGUCAAAACUGGGCCCGAGAUGGGAGAAAUAACAGACCCAUGGCACCUUCAUAUGGGCGCAUGGGUGGACAAUGGAAUGACCCACCAGUACCAAUGGGAGGACGGGGCCAUGGCCCCAAUAGACCACCGUCCCUUUUUUCCCACAAACUAUUCCCUGAUUACAACAUGUUCCAGGGAAUGCGAGGUUUCUCUGGCAAUAUGCGCUUUGGAGGAGGCAGCAUGAAACAGCGAAUGAGGAGAAAUUGGAAAAUGUGGGAUGCAGAUUUUAAAAAGAAAAGGAUAAAGAACGAGCCAGUUGCUAAUAAACGUAAACAAGCUAACAGUUCUGAUGAACCUGAUAGCAAAGCAGCAAAAACAGAUAACUCAGAUAACUCAGACUCUGAUAAUGAAGGGCCUGAAGGAGAAGCUGCUGAGAAGGGUUCUAAAAAUGAGGGAGAGGGAGAUGGUGCUGAAGAUGAAGAAAGAAAAGAAGAAUUAGAGAAAGGAGCUCUGACAAUUCAAGAAGAAAUCAGCCAAAUCAAGCGCAAAUUGCAGGCUGGGAAGAAAACUCAAGAGAGGCAAAAAAAACGAUACCGUGAUCGUAUGGUAGAAAGGAUUCAGUUUGUAUGUUCAUUGUGCAAGUAUCGCACUUUCUACGAAGAUGAGAUGACCAAUCAUUUGGAAAGCAAAUUUCAUAAAGAGCAUUUUACAUUUGUUGGAACCAAGCUCCCCAAGCAGACUGCUGACUUCCUGCAGGAAUAUGUAGCUAACAAAACAAAGAAGACAGAAGAACGCCGUAAAGCAAUUGAAGACAUUAAUGCAGUUAUACAACAGAUUUACAAAGACCAAGAUCUUACACAGGAUAUAGGUAUGGAACAUUUUGUAAAAAAGGUGGAGGCUGCUCACUGUGUUGCCUGUGACCUCUUCAUCCCAAUGCAAUAUGGAAUCAUCCAGAAACAUCUGAAAUCCCUUGAUCAUAACCACAAUCGUAGAGCUAUGAUGGAACAGUCCAAGAAAUCAUCAUUAGUAGUUGCAAGAAGUAUUCUUAAUAAUAAACUUAUCAGUAAAAAACUGGAGAGGUACCUAAAGGGUGAGAAUCCCUUCACAGAUGAUCCUGAAGAGAAAGAGGAACAUGAGGAAAGUGAGGCAGGAACAAGUGGGAUCAUUGAGGAAAGAGCAGCUGAAGGUGAAGGAAACCUAACUGAAGAGCAAACUAAAAGCGAUGACAAUCCUUCUGAGGAAAAUCCAGUAGCUGAAGAAAGUGCAGAAAACAAAAGUGAUGGAGAAGAACUACAAGGACGAAUUGAAGAAUGGAAUUUGACCACAUCCCAAGAAGAUUUUCCUACUGAGCAGAAUCCAGAACAUGAAGAAGAAGAAACAGAAGAAAGACGAGACAUUGUACCUUCAGAGGAGAUGGAACCACCUGAUGAGUGAACUUGCUAAGAAGGUUGAAUCAUUUUGAGACUCUGCAUUAAAUCUUCUAAAACCAUACCUGUAUUUGUGAUACCACAUGGCAUGUGGCUUUUGGUUCUCAUUGACCUCACUUUCACCUAGUUAUAGCCUUUAUUUGUAAAGUGUUUUUGAAAAUAGCUUUUUUAACCAAAUUUUCAUUGUAUUAGCUAGGUUUUGUGCAGUACAAUUUUUAAGUGGCUUUGUACUAGGAAAAAUACUUUUUUUAGUAAAUAAAAUCAAAUUUUGUCAAUUGGCUUAUACCAUGCUAAAACCUUGGGAGGGUAAAUAACCUCUAAGUUUUCCCAUUUAACUUUGUAUAUAGUUGAAAAUGUUUUAGUUCCAUAGCUAGUCUUGUCUGAAAAUGUCAGUAGCAGAAUUCUGGAUUUUAAAUUCUGCAUGAUUGGAAUAACUUCCAUGCAAUUGUAGCAUUCUUCUAUCUUUUUACUUUUAAUAUUCAAAAAAGACUUGGGUCAGCACAAUAAUUUUGCAGUUCUUUUAUUUAAGGGGGAACAUUUGCAAUAGUUGGUUAUAAAACACUAUUAGGACUGCGUGUGUAAGUUUCUGAUAGAAGCAGCAAGAUUGUGAUUGUGCAGAAAGCCUCAAGGAGAAAUAAAUGCAUUCUGGCACUUUCCUAAAAUGCAAUUUAUAUUAUUCUGUUUGAGAUCUGGAGGAUCUCUUAAUUUCUGCUUAUUUUAGAUGGAUGUUCUGAAAAUGAAGGCUGUAGUAGCCCAACACAGGUCUACUGAUGAAGAGUGUUACAAAACAUUAAAUAUUCCCUUCAACGCAGGUCUUCAAGUUGUCUCAUUUUAAAUCUUCCAAAUCAUCUCCAAUGCAUUUGUCAGGAAUAUAGUAUUGCUUCAUUGUUUCUUUGUUUUUUAAGAAUCCCAGGCAUUAAUGCCAUAAGUUUAUUUUAACUCCUGCCGCUACCCCAAUUGCUUUCCAAGCAAUAAUGGUACAGCUACUGCUACUCUUGUUCAUGCUCAAUUUAUUAUCCUCUUGUUUCUCUUUAUGUACAUGCCUUCUUCCUGUAGUGGAGAUCAAGCAGUGGAACUGGAAAAUGUUCACUGGACAUAUUUUUCUGGAUGCCUGCAACAUUAGACAAGAGAAGGGUGAGUGAAGGAAUCAUUAUACACUGGGAUGGAGGCCUUGCUGCCGUAUAAUACUCCUGCUUCCUUAAGCCCUCAAGCACCAAAUAGCUGGUGGAGAAAUAUGUCAAAGUAAGAUUUGUGAGUAAAAAGCAUCUUAGCAAUGUAUUGAAUUGACAAAAAUUGAAACGUUGAAAAAGGUUUCAGUGUAUUGCUUAUUCUUAAUGUAUAAUGACUCAAGUGUUCAUAAUGGUAGAUUUGUCUUGUACUCAAUCAAGUUGUAGAUAAUAAUAAAUUUUAUGAAUGUUGGGAGUACUGAAAUUCCAGUAUAAACUUGUAUUUAUGCAUCUGGGCUGGCAUCUUAAAAGGUAUUAACUGUCGGUCUGAACAAAGAAUGAGGAAGUUUCCAAACAGCUUUUGGGUACUAUCUUUCUGGCAAUAUCUGACAGUGGCAGAGGUUGCUAAUACUUGAGUAAGUAUUCCACCUUCUUUCAACAUUUGGACUCACAUACAUGCCAGUGGUAUAAGUAUGAUUUGCAAAAUGAUAUCAGCUGCCAUGAGAACUUUCCUUACAUCAGUCUGAAUAGUGUUUAUCAAGUCACAUGUCAAGUCCCAAGGGAAUAGCACUCACUCUUCUUUUAGAAUAUGCUCAAAUGCAUUUUUUCUUGUACUAUUAGUCAAUUUGUAAGCAAAUUUACUUGUAGUCUGAAUAAAUAUACUUAGGAUUCAGCCUUACUACACAUUGAGGUAAACAUAAACUAAAUCUAUAUUUUCAUAUAACUUUAAAGCCAGCGUUGUUGU